GGGGGAAUAAAAUGGCGAGGAUGGUUACUGCCAAGGUAUGGGUUCUGAAGAAGCAUUUUGAGGGUUUCCCCCAAACCAGCGACUUCGACCUGAAAAAGAUAGAGCUGCCAAACCUAAAGGAUGGAGAGUUGCUGCUUGAAUCAGUGUUUCUCAGUGUUGAUCCUUACAUGAGACCUUACAGUCGAAGGGUCAUGAAGGAAGGGGACAUAAUGAUAGGCACACAGGUUGCCAGGAUUGUAGAAAGCAAGAAUCCUGCUUUCACAGUGGGGGUCUUUGUUGUGGCUAAAAGUGGCUGGAGAACCCAUUUCAUCUCUGAUGGGAAAGACCUACAAGCCCUUCCUUCUGGUUGGCCAGAAUCGCUCCCCGUAUCUCUAGCUCUUGGGACGAUUGGCAUGCCAGGCCUCACUGCAUACUUUGGUCUGCUGGAGGUCUGCAAGAUGAAGCCAGGGGAGACAGUGCUGGUUAAUGCUGCAGCUGGUGCUGUGGGCUCUGUGGUGGGUCAGCUUGCUAAGAUUGGGGGUUGCAAAGUUGUUGGCUGUGCUGGCUCAGAUGACAAGGUUGCGUAUCUGAAAAAAAUAGGCUUUGAUGAAGCCUUUAAUUACAAGACUGUUACAUCUCUGGAUGAAGCACUACGUAAAGCCUCUCCUGAUGGCUAUGACUGUUUCUUUGACAACGUGGGUGGAGAAUUUGCCAGUGUUGCUAUCAACCAGAUGAAGAAAUAUGGAAGGAUUGCAGUCUGCGGAGCCAUCUCUCAGUACAAUGACUCUGUGCCUCAGAAAGGGCCUUAUGUGCAGAUGCCAAUGAUCUUCAAAGAACUUCAAAUGGAAGGGUUUCUUGUGACCAGCUGGAAUAACCGCUGGGAGGAAGGUCUGAAGGCACUGCUAAAGUGGGUCAUGGAGGGAAAGGUGAAGUGCCACGAACAAGUCACUGAAGGAUUUGAGAACAUGCCAGCAGCUUUCAUUGGAAUGUUAAAAGGAGAAAAUCUUGGAAAAGCUGUUGUAAAAGUCUGAAGGUCACAUUCCUGGGGACUGGCAGAGGAGAAUGAUUCUGUUAAGGGCUUUUAACUCAUUGAUCGAAAUGUACGUUUCAGUCUUUUUGCUGGAAUUUGGCGAUAACUUCU